AUGAAUAUAACAGCUGAAUACGCGAACGGUACUGAUAUAACAUCUACCAGAAGCGCUUGGACUAAUGCAGCGUCAUCCGGCCUAACAGGUGCAUCCUUUGAAACAACAACUGCUGAGAUGAAUGCAACAGCUGAAUUCGAAAACGGUACAGACAUAACAUCGACCAGAAGUGCUUGGAGUAGUGCAGUGCCAUCCAGACCAACAAGAGCACCCAUGGAAAUGCAAAACGCCACUGGUGAGAUGAAUGCAACAGCUGAAUACGACAACGGUACAGACAUAACAU